GAAAAACGCUCAUUGCAAUUUGAAGGUGAAUAAUGUUUUAAUUAAAUUUCUGGAUAUAUUGCAAUUGUCACACCUUUGACAGGUUUACCCAGGGAUGAAAGGGAUUAAAAGGAUACAGUGACAGUUUUUGUGACAAUUUCUUCCAUAAAUUAAUGAGCAAGAUGAGUUGUUUUGGAGGACGCAUGCAGGAAUAUGACAGGAUUUCCCUGGAUCGUUUUGAUGGAAGAAACCUACAGUCCACUGUUUAUUUCCUGUCACAUUUACACGAAGAUCAUACUGCUGGACUUGCUGAAAAGAUUUUUUGCAAAAGAUUAAAAUCCAAUAAAGACAUUUUCCUGUACUGUUCUGAAGUCACACAGGUACUGUUGGUGGCCAGCAAGAAAUACAGACAUCUGAAACCUUAUAUAAAAGGAUUGAGUAUAAAUACACCAACUACUUUAGAUAUUCCUGAUCCACUUUUUGAAGAGAAAGAGAAGAUCACAGUUACAUUGCUGCCUGCAUUUCAUUGUCCAGGAAGUGUGAUGUUUUUGAUCGAAGGUGCAGAAGGCACAGUGCUAUAUACAGGGGAUUUCAGAUGGGAACAUUUUAACAUAGAACAGAUGCAUCAUCUCCAGUCAGGAGAAAGUGUAAAAAAGAUAAAGAGUUUAUAUGUUGACACUACAUUUUGUUCCCCUGAGAAUUUAUACAUACCAAGUCGACAGCAGUGCAUAGAUGCUGUAUGCCAGUUGGUACAUGAAUGGACUUCCAUUAGUCCAAAACAUAUUGUAAAUAUCUAUCUACGAGCACAGUUUGGGCAUGAACCAUUGCUGAAUGCUGUAGCCUCAAGACUUAAUAAAAAGGUCCAUGUAAAUAAUCAUAAAUUUGGAAUAUAUAACAGAAUACAGGAAUUUCAUGGUAACUUCACAUCAGAUGGGCUAAACACUCAACUACAUGCCUGUGAUAAAAAUUGUAUGAUAGAAGUUGAUGGUGAAGAGGUUUUAUGUAGUGAAACACAUGAUGCAGAUAAAGUUCUAGCUAUACUACCUACCACCAUGUACUUCACACAGUUCUCACACCUCACCCUUGAUAAGAUUAUAAAGAAAAUAAAUAGCAAUUUUUUCAGAGCUUGCUAUUCCUUCCAUUCCUCAUACACGGAGGUAAAAGACCUGAUAUCAUACCUGAAACCAGAGAGAGUUUUUCCAAAUGUCAAACCCCCUUCUGAUAGCUCAUUGGCUGUGACACAACAUAGAUUAAAUACAAUGCUAAAAGAAUGCAUGGAAACUGGGGCAGGGGAGAUAAUUCAAGAACAAGAGGUGAAGGAGCUUGGCACUCUGAAGACAAGAUCAGGAAGACAAAUAAAUAAGAGAAAGGAAAGAGAAUCUACAAGUGAUGCAGAAAGCCUCGACUUUGGUACCCCUGUAAAGUCUGCAAAGUUAAGUUCUUUAGAGGCUGGGGAACCAGUGAGUCCUGCAAGUUCUACAUCAACAAAAAAAGGGCGUGGGCGAGGAAGGGGCAAAGGGAAGACAGAGACAGUCUCUCAACCUGGUGUUGGAACAAGGCGUAGCACAAGAAGAUCAGCGGCAACAUCCUCCCCUCAAAACACAACUCCUAAGAAGUUAAAGAAAUCUGAAAGAUCUCCGACACCAGAUUUGUUUUUGACCCCUGUAAGUGACAGCAUUGAUCAGCAGUCAUCAUUCUGUGGUAGUGAGAGAAGUGAUAGUGAACUCAGUCUUUUCUCCAGUCAGAAAAGUAUUGAUCUUCCAGUGAGUGCUGACACUGGGAGUAGUUGGACAGCAGGUAGUUUCCUUGCUGCAGUUAGUUCUAGCAGUGAAGAUGACACUGGUGCUGGCAGAUGUUGUAUGUUUGAUGAUGAAGAACAGACAGAUGAACAUUUUGAAGAUCGUUGUCUAUUCACUGAUACUGAAGAGGAAGAUCUUACUUCUAAGGAAUCAGUUAGUCCUCAAGAUGAUGUAGAUACUGAUCACAACCAGGCUUUGAAUAAGCCAAAGGGUAAAACAGAAAGCCCAGUCCAUACUAAAAGGGGUAGAAGAGGGAUGAAGAUUAAAACAGUGUCAGCUAAAGAUGAUAUUUGUAUUGAGCAAGGACAAACUAUUGAUGAUGACAAGGAUCAAGUUGAUGAAAAAUCUUCAAAGUUAAAAGACAAGGAAAAAGAUCACACUGAUGUAAGGAACAAUGAUAAAACUUUACAAAGUGAAUCAGUUUUAAACAUUGAUAGUACUUUGGAGAAAGAAUACUAUGACAAAGAUGGCAGAUUAAAUCAAAGUGAUAGUAGCAUUGUUCAAGGAGAGAGAGAUAAUAUUGAUACUUUAAGUGAUAAGAACUCUUUGCUAACUGAAGCUACAAAUACUUCAUAUGCAACUAAAUAUGUUGAAGAUGUCAAAGGAGAAGAGGCUAGAUCAAAAGGUUUAAGUCAAGAACAUGAAGACAUUGUAUCUGAAUUACAACUUCAUUUAUCAGAGUCUACUCCUGGCAGUGAUCAAGAUUUUGUUGCUACGAAGGUAGACACCGUGGGGGAAGAAAUAGUUUUCAUUGAUAGUAGUGAUUCAGAAGAUGAAGUCACCAAUGUAGAUCAAGAUAAUGAUUGUAUCAAAAACAUUAAAACUGUCAGUAAAUCAGAAACGGAAUCCAAUGUGGAAAAAGUUAGUUCACCUAUGAGGAGCAAUUCACCAAGUGCAUUAGAAGAUAAAUCACAAGCUCAAAGUAAAGGUAUGAUGUUACUGAAAUAAUCUUUAUUCAUUAUUGACAUGUAAUUAUUUCUACGUCCCUCAAAGCAGUUGUUUUCCCACAUUUCAACGCUAUUUAGAAAAAG